AUGGUUCAUCCAAUUUGUGCAGUAUUGAAUUAUGAAGGCAUCAAAAGGGCCCGAGAACGUCGUGGAGGCGCCCAAGGUGCAGUAAAUGCUGCCAGAGAACAGCUAGCCAAUCGUCAACGUGAACUUGAAAGACAGCGUGUAGAACAAGUUAACUUCAGAAAUCAAAAGACUCAAGUGACUGCCCAGCUUCGAAACCCCUCACUUAGUCUUUCUCAACUAGAAGCUCGUCAGCUUACAUUGGCGAAUAUAACAGAACAGAUCCGUAAAGUAGUGCAGCAUCUUGGGUCCUUCGUGACAAGAUCAUCUGUUCUAUACAAUGAACUUCAAGAUUUGGUCAGCUUCAAAAAUCUUGUGAAACCACUGAAUUCCAUCCUAACAGAAUUAAUCGAGAAUGGUGUAACCACUAAAGAGACAGCUGGCGCGACCCAAAUUUCUUCAGUAGAAGUCCAGCUAACAAGUGACACUCUUGAUCUUAUUAAAGCGUGUUUACCUUCUUCACCUUCGAACGAAGGGGAUUCAUAUACUUGUUCAAGUAUUCGAAAGCCAAAAUGUCCCAUAUCACUUUGUUUCUAUGGCUUGUUUAUUUUAUCCUCAUUCCAUAUACGUAUCUUUGACUUUGAUCUAUUGACUAUGAUAGUUCGAGGAGCAAUCGUAUGGAUAUUUUUUGUAUUGAUUAUACAAAUGUUAUAUUUUUCCGAAGUCAUUGGCCAAUAUAGCAAACAGCCGAUGGCUACAACAUCGCUAGUGUAUCAAUUCGACCUUCCAAAGGAUCCUUUGAUAAAUCCUUUCUACAGCCCGGAAAUUGAAAGCCUGAGAAGCUCGAACAAACAAGUGAUAAAGAUGGGUCGUUCAGGCUCAGUAAUAGGAGUUGGUGGUACGGAAGCCACACAUUUGGCGCAACGUCCAGCUAUAGACUCUGCAUGGGAAAAUUUGAUUGCUAGCGGACCAACGGCAGUAAAUCUAUUAGCUCAAGUAAUGGUUUUAUCCAGCAAGUUGGACUUUUCGUUUAAGCUAGCUGUUCCAAACUAUUCAUUCAAAUAUGUGAAGUAUCCAGACUCUUUCAGAGUAACCCUUGGUCAAAUUUCGAACGAGGGUUGGCGUGCAUUUCUAACGGCACAUAGCAAUAUGGAUCAACUUCAACUUAACAUGCAACGUAUUCCAACUCAUGUUAAAGUUGCUUUGAAAGUCUUGACUGAAGAGAAAAGACCAAGAACACUUGGCAUUCAAAUAAGGAAAGUAUUAAACAGUAUUAAACGUAUCAGCAGCGAUUGUAUUAAUUUAGCCAAUAAUACACACAUGGAGUUUGCUAAUGUGAUGAAUCAUCUCGGUGAAGUCAUUGCUUUAACUGAAGCUAACAAGGGUCUAGGUGAAAGUCAACUCCAACAAGUCGAAAUCGAAUUGAAUGUAUCUAGGGUGUGGCAAACACAGUUGACACAAUUAAAUGAUAUUAUGAAGGAACAUUAUAAAAAUACAGAAGAUGAUUUACGGUUUGCUCAUGUAGAAUAUUCCAAAGCGUUGGCUAGACGUCCGUCUCGGUUUGAGAAAAGUCUUAUGCGUAUAACUGGUGCUGUAAUCAAGUUGAUUAAUAAUGCAGUAAAAACAUUUCAAGGUUUGACUUCUGGUGACAGACAAACCGGUUCCACACCUAUAGGUCUAAACGGGCUGACAAUAGGAAAUGUAGCUCCCACAACGGAAAAUGGUAAAAGUCUACUGAUGGCUCAGUCAUUCUUCGAGUCGAUUAGAAAUUUGAUAAAAAUAUUCGAUGAUGUAUUUUAUUCAAAUAAAAACCAGACGACUAGUGGUAAUCCACAAGAAAUGGAAAAUAUCUUGUAUGAACUUGAAACAUAUGCUAAAUUGAUUGGUAAAAAUGAGAUAGCUACGAAUGUUAUUGAACCUAUGAUGGAACGGGCAAGAAAUUGGAGCAAGGCAGCCAUCCAAUUAGUGAAGGAUAAAGGUAUGAACCGCCCAGUGACUAGGGAAGAAACCGACCAGGUUUUAUUUCAAUUGAAUCGACUGAUGGACGAGACAAAAAAGAUUGAUGCUGCUGCAACACUUAUCAGUGACUCCUCUCAAGUGAAAUCUAAUGGUAAUAACGGAUACUCAUCGGAUGCCACAAAAAUGAUGGUUCAAAUAACGGAGCGGCAACUUCAAGAUGCUCGAAAACGAAGUGAAGCAAGCCGCAUCCAGUUACAAAAGAAUAUGGAUGAAAUGGGUGAACUCGUUGGAAAAAUAGCUUUAUUGGAUUUGAAACGAGUCAAUUAUGUUCAGCUUCUUGAUUAUAUGCGACAAGCUUUGGUAUUACUCGGUACCAUGCGUCAAACUUGGGCACAAUUAAUUUUGUUUUUUUCUACUAUAGUCAAUCAGGCUGAAAUUGCUCUUUCGGGCACACUUAAUCCUUUCAUUAAACAAAUAGAAAUGGUCACCAAUGGUGAACUCUCCGUCGAUGAACGAAGCUUUUUCAUUGAACUACUGAAAGAUCAAUCUGUCAAUAUUCAUGAAACAUCGCAUUCGCUUUUCAUAAUGUCUCGAACGUAUGUUGACAUGUCAAACGAAUUUUUGAUGCCACGACUUGCUGGGCUUUCACACAUGUUCACAGGCAAAGAUGACGAUGAACGUACUGCCUUGAACAGGCAAUUAGCCGCUGAAGCAAAAGUCACACAAGAUAAAGUGAAGGCUUUGAUAGAAGAGCGAAAAAUAGUUUAUGCAAUCAUGGUUGAAACCGAACGUACGAAACUAAAAGUCUACUUAAACAGUAUUGGAGGACCCUCAGAAGAAAAUCAAAUCGCUAUUGAAGAAGCUAGUGCACUUAUCGCUUCAAAGAAACUCACUUCCAGUCCUACCAUAUAG